AUGGCGUACAGUGAACGACAACCUCUAUUGAGCGCACCCGGGGACUCCUCUUCGGAUGACGUGCCUAGGGAUACCCUGCCAACCACGGGACAGCGAAAACACCUUACCUGGAUAAGCGCAUAUAUCCUGGUAGUCUCGCGAGUCAUUGGGAGCGGCAUCUUCGCGACACCCGGAACCAUCGUCAAAUCUGCCGGCAGUGUCGGCUUAUCGCUGUUGAUAUGGGCUGUUGGCACCGUCCUGGCAGCCUGCGCGCUGGCCGUGUCGAUGGAAUAUGGUUGUAUGCUGCCACGAUCAGGUGGAGAGAAGGUAUACCUGGAGUAUACCUAUCCGCGUCCUCGGUUCCUUGCGUCGACCCUGAUCGCAGUGCAAGCAGUUGUUCUGGGUUUCACGGCCAGCAACUGCAUCGUCUUCUCCAAGUAUACAUUCUUCGCUUUCAAUGUGGUGCCCACCGAGCUCCAACACAAAGCACUGGCAGUGGGAUUGAUGACGGCGGUAACAAUCAUUCACGGUUGCUUCCUUCGAACUGGCAUCUGGAUUCAGAACGCAUUCGGCUGGGUAAAAAUAUUCCUCAUCGGUGCCAUUUCCCUGACGGGGAUCUGGGUCAUUUUGCUUCGCCCACAGGGUGGCACCGACGCUCUUGCCCCUGAACCAACCAGCGUUUUCUCGUGGGAUACAUUGUGGGAGGAUUCUAACUGGAGCUGGAACCUGUUGUCGACGUCCUUAUUCAAGGUGUUCUACUCGUACGCGGGAUUGAACAACGUGAACAAUGUCCUGGGAGAGGUAAACAAUCCGAUUCGGACGAUCAAAACGGUAUGCCCGGCAGCGCUCCUCACAGCUGGUGCUCUGUAUUUUCUGGCCAAUAUUUCGUAUUUCCUCGUGGUUCCGCUGGAGGAUAUCAAGAACAGCGGAGAACUAGUUGCUGGUCUGCUCUUCGAGCGGCUGUUUGGCAGCCACAUUGGACGCACGCUGUUUCCGCUGGCCAUCGCCAUCUCCGCUGCUGGCAAUGUUAUGGUGGUGACUUACGCCCUGGCCCGCGUAAACCAAGAGAUCGCUCGGCAGGGGUUCCUUCCCUGGUCCCGCGUUCUGUCGUCCUCCAAGCCAUUUGGUGCUCCCCUUGGGGGGCUGAUCGUGCACUUUAUACCCUCUUUGCUGGUUAUUGCCCUUCCACCUCAAGGUGACGUGUAUAAUUUUAUUCUCGACGUUGAGGGCUACCCAGGACAGGUAUUCAGUCUUGCAGUUACAGUGGGUCUUCUGCUGCUGCGAUACCGCGAACCGUCUCUCCCACGGCCCUUUAAGGCAUGGCUACCUGCAGUAUGGCUGCGAGUCGUAGUUUGUGUCGCUUUACUCUCUGCACCAUUUUUCCCUCCAGCAGAUGGCAAAAGCGAUGUAAACUUCUUCUACGCGACAUAUGCGAUCGUGGGAAUGGGAGUGUACGUAUAUCCCUACCAUCGAUGGGCAUGGCUAACUAAAGUAGGAUUAUCUUUGGAAUACUCUACUGGUAUAUAUGGACAGUGCUACUACCACGUUGGGGAGGAUAUAAGCUGGAGGAGGAAGAUGAGGUGUUGGAUGACGGGACGAAGAUUACCAAGCUUGCGCGUUCGUAUAUUUGAUCGGAUCGUAGAUCAUGAUUAG